AUGACCGGAAAGAGAGAAGGAUCAGAGGUGGUUGAUCUUGAUGGAAAAAGUUCCCUUCUCUAUAGAUUUGAUCAAAAUUCCAUGAGCCCAGUAAAAGAUAUUAUUUCUUUGAAAUUUAAAACCAUGCAGAGUGAUGGGAUUUUACUCCAUAGAGAAGGGCAAACUGGAGAUCACAUCACAUUGGAAUUAAGAAGAGGAAGACUCUUUUUACUUAUUAAUUCAGGUAAAACUAUUGGGGGAGGUGCUUGGAUAUCUGACUGUUUAGAAGGAACUGUGUCAUUUUCUUGUUCACAACCACAAUCAGUGCCUGUGACUUUUCUGAGCUCCAGGAGUUACUUAGCACUGCCAGGCACUUCUGGAGCGGGUGAGGUUUCUGCCACUUUUCAAUUUCGAACUUGGAAUAAGGCAGGACUUUUGCUAUUCACUGAACUUCAGCUUGUCGCAGGAGGCCUCCUCCUCUUUCUUCAUGAUGGAAAACUUAGACUGAACCUCUUCCAGCCAGGAAGAUUACCCACUGACAUCACAGCAGGUGUUGGAUUAAAUGAUGGGCAGUGGCAUUCCAUCACCUUAUCUGCUAAAAGGAAUCACCUGAGUGUGAUGGUGGACAGCCAGGUGGCCUCAGUUGCUCCUUCCUUGGGGCCUGAGCAGAUUUACUCAGGUGACACCUAUUAUUUUGGAGGUUGUCCUGACAACAGCUUUGGAUCCAAAUGUCAAAGUUCACUUGAUGGAUUUCAGGGAUGUAUGAGGCUAAUUUCUAUCAGUAACAAAGUGGUGGACCUGAUUUCAGUUCAGCAGGGAGCCCUUGGGAACUUCAGUGACCUUCAGAUAGACUCCUGUGGUAUUACAGAUAGGUGUUUGCCCAACUACUGUGAGCAUGGCGGUGAAUGCUCCCAGUCCUGGAACACCUUCCGCUGCGACUGUGCGCACACAGGGUACAGGGGAGCAACUUGCCAUAACUCUAUUUAUGAACAGUCAUGUGAAGCCUAUAAGCACAGAGGAAAUACUUCAGGGUUUUACUAUAUAGACUCAGAUGGAAGUGGCCCCCUGGGACCAUUUCUUGCGUAUUGCAAUAUGACCGAAACUGCAUGGACCAUCAUACAACACAAUGGCUCUGACUUAACCAGGGUCAGAAGCGCUAAUCCAGAGAGCCCCUAUGCUGGGUUUUUCGAGUAUGUGGCCAGCAUGGAGCAACUCCAGGCCACAAUUAACCUUGCAGAACACUGUGAACAGGAGCUUACUUACUACUGCAAGAAGUCACGGCUUGUAAAUAAGCAAGAUGGAACCCCUCUGAGCUGGUGGGUUGGAAGAACCAAUGAAAUGCAGACUUACUGGGGAGGUUCUUUGCCUGAUCCUAAAAAAUGUACUUGUGGAUUCGAGGAGAACUGCAUUGAUUCUCAGUAUUACUGCAACUGUGAUGCUGACCGGAAUGAAUGGACCAAUGACACUGGAUUCCUUUCUUAUAAAGAACAUCUCCCAGUAACUAAGAUAGUGAUUACAGACACAGGCCGACCGCAUUCAGAAGCAGCUUAUAAAGUGGGACCUCUACUCUGCCGGGGAGACACUCCAGUACAAGUGACCUUUUCAUUUGACGUGGGGAAUGGGCCUUCUGAAAUCUCGGUGCAGUCACCCACUCAUUUCAACGAUAACCAGUGGCACCACGUUAAAGUCGAAAGGAACGUGAAAGAGGCAUCGAUUCGAGUGGAUCAGCUCUCACAAAAGACACUGCCUGCCCCUGCUGAUGGGCAUGCCCUCUUACAGCUCAACAGUCAGCUCUUUGUGGGUGGGACGGCCACCAGACAAAGAGGUUUUCUGGGGUGCAUCCGGUCUCUGCAGUUGAAUGGGCUCGCCCUGGAUCUGGAAGAAAGAGCCAAAGUGACUCCCGGCGUGGAACCAGGCUGUAGAGGACAUUGCGGCAGCUACGGAAAGUUGUGUCGCAAUGGAGGGAAAUGCAGAGAGAAGCCCAGUGGGUUCUCCUGUGACUGCACCUUCUCUGCAUACACAGGGCCAUUCUGCUCAAAUGAGAUUUCUGCAUAUUUUGGAUCUGGCUCAUCCGUGAUUUACAAUUUUCAAGAAAAUUAUUCCUUAAGUAAAAACUCCAGUUCCCACGCUGCUUCAUUUCACGGUGAUAUGAAGCUGAGCAGAGAAAUGAUCAAAUUUAGCUUCCGAACAACACGAACACCAAGCUUGCUGCUUUAUGUUAGCUCCUUUUAUAACGAAUACCUUUCAGUUAUCAUUGCCAAAAAUGGAAGCUUGCAGAUCAGGUACAAGCUAAACAGACAUCAAGAUCCUGAUGUUGUUAACUUUGAUUUUAAAAGCAUGGCUGAUGGGCAACUUCACCACGUAAAGAUUAACAGAGAAGAAAGAGUGGUCUUUGUAGAGAUUGAUGAGAAUGCAAGGAGACAAGUCCACCUGUUGUCAGGUACAGAAUUCAGCGCAGUCAAAUCACUCGUACUGGGCAGGAUUUUAGUUUUAGAGUUUAAAGGCUUCAUGGGCUGCCUCUCUGCAGUGCAGCUUAGCCACGUGGCCCCUUUGAAGGCUGCUCUGCACCCCAGCCACCCAGCCCCCAUCACUAUUAAGGGACACGUGACUGAGUCCAGCUGUGUGGCCCAGACUGGCACCAAUGCCACAUCAAGAGAAAGGACUCACUCGUUUGCAGAUCAUUCUGGAACAACAGAUGACAGAGAACCCAUAGCUAAUGCAAUCAGAAGUGACUCUGCAGUAAUUGGAGGUUUGAUAGCUGUCGUGAUCUUUAUCUUGCUUUGCAUCACUGCCAUAGCUGCUCGUAUUUAUCAGCAGAAAAGGUUAUAUGAAAGGAAUGAGGCAAAAAGGUCAGAGAAUGUAGACAGUGCCGAGGCUGCUUUGAAAAGUGAGCUUCAUAUACAAAAUGCAAUCAGUGAAAAUCAGAAAGAGUACUUCUUCUGA